AUGUCUUCAAGUAACAGAUCUCAUCUUCAUAUCCGACUUCAUCACAGAUCUCUCCGCUACAUUCACAACGGUCGAUUCGUUGUCUUGAGUACACUUAAAGAAAACGGUUUGACGAACAUGAGUCUUGAAAAUGAAGAGACUUGCAGUGUUGGCUACGGGUCCCCAGACAAAGAGAAUCGAGAGGAGAUAGGUGGCGAGCUUCUGGGAUACUCCGAUCAUUGGGCCAAGGACUGA